ACUCUUGUUAUCAAAGACAAUACAGCCUUAGAUGACAAUUUGAAGCUUCUAUCUGAGAUUAAAGUUGCUGUUAAUCGUAAUUCUUUUUGGGAUUCUCUUAAUAAAAAAGUAAUCGCAAUAAGCCAACUAUAUGCAGAAAUUUUACGAGCUCAUAAAACAAAAUCAAGUUUCUAUAUUCAAUCAAAUUAUCCUUUUUCUGUUUCACAUCCUUCCACUGAUUCUGUUACUAAUACUUUUUUAGCUUUUAAAGAAGCUGAUAAUAAUGAUGAAGAAUUGUUAAUUGACGAAGAGUUUGAAGAAGAGCAAGAUGAUCUUGAUAAUGUGACAAUAGAUUUUCUUAAUCUAGAAACUCACUCUGCUGAAAAUCAAGCUGCGAAGUAG